CUUAAUAGUGUGGUCUGAGAGCCUGACCAAAAGGCUGGCAAGAACUGGCUCUUAAAGCCUGGAGAUCCUGGGCGUGGCCCAAAGUGUAGGAUCUAAGCAUCCAAAGGGACAGGGUUGAAGCUUUAGUACUUUCGGAAGUUGGGGCCUAAGAGUAAGAAUCGCUGCCCUUGCGUGGUGGCGCACGCCUUUAGUCCCAGCACUCGGGAAGCUGGGGUAGGAGGAUCGUUGGAGUUCGAGGCCAGCCUGAGCUAGACCAAGAUCUUAACUCGAAAAGAACGUCCUGUCUCAGGGAACAGUCAACUAAGAGACCUGGGCUAUGAGAAUAUUGGACAGGGGCGGGCCGAUGAAAAGGAAGUCCAAGAACAGUCUGCUUCGUGGGGUCCCCACCGUAACGGCUGACUUUCUUUGACCACAGUCCCCGACCUCCGUCGGAAAUGGGGAAUGUGCAGUCGGACCCGUCCGCGGGCGGGGGCUCCCGCAAAGAGCAGGCCUCCGACCGUGCCUCCGAUUCCCGCCGGACGUCCCUGGUGGAGCCCGAGGUGACCCCCUCCUCCCCGGCCAUGCGCCUGGCUCGAGGGCUGGGUGUCUGGUUCCCUGGCAGUUCCGCGUCCCCGGGACUCCUGAUGCCCCCGGAGCCCCAGGCCUCACCCGCGCCCCUGCCCCUGACCUUAGAACUGCCCUCGCCAGUGACGCCCCCUCCAGAGGAAGCGGCUGUGGCUGCCGUCUCCACACCAUCCCCGGUCCCCGUGGGGACUCUGCUGCCCGCGCCGUCUAAGUGGCGAAAACACACGGGCACUACGGUGCCUCGGAUUCGAGGCCUGUUGGAGGCGAGCCAUCGCGGACAGGGUGACCCUCCGAGCCUCCGCCCGCUGCCUCGGCAACUAACCGAAAAGGACCCGGUCCCGAGGGCCCCAGCCCCACCUCCGACACCUCUAGAGCCGCAGAAGCCCCUGCUACCACCACCACCAUCACCACCACCUUCCGACCCGCAGCCCCUGAACAACAGAAUCCCUCUGGCCACAUCCACCACAAGCCCCACAGAAAGCCAGGUCAGGCAUCGCAGCGAGGGUCAGGCGGCCGGCGGAGCCCUUGGAGGGGCGCCUUCCCAAGCUGGAGAGGGCGAAAUGGCCCGUUCUGCUGCUUCUGAGUCAGGCCUGAAUCUGCUGUGUAAAGUCACCUUCAAGUCGGGCUCCCACUUGUCCUCCGCAACUUCGGGUCCUUUAGCGGCCAAAGCCUCUAACCCUGGGAGCAGCGGAGGUGGAGGUCUCUUCACUGCCUCCGGUGCCAUCUCUUAUGCUGAGGUGCUGAAGCAGGGAACCCUACCUCCUGGAGCCUCUCGUCCCCUGGGAGAGGUCCCACGUACAGCACAGGAAACCGAAGGCGGCGAUGGAGAUGGUGAAGGGUGUUCUGUUCCGCCUUCGGCACCUGCGCCCCACGUCCGAGCUCUGCCGCCACCCCCCUACACCACCUUCCGAGGCUCGAAGCCCAAAUUCGACUGGGUGAGCCCUCCUAAUGGCACGGAACGGCAUUUCCGCUUCAACGGGGCUGUCGGAGGCAUCGGGGAACCCCGACGGCGUGCAGCCACCAUUUCUGGGCCCUGGGGUUCCCCUCCGACACCCACUGGGCCGACACACUCAGCUCCAGGGCCCCGCAGGCCCCCACCUGCCCUGCUGGCGCCGCCCAUGUUCAUCUUCCCGGCGCCCACCAAUGGUGAACCCUUGCGUCCAGGGUCUCCCGGUCUGCAGCAGACACCUCCUUUGCCACCGCCACCACCCACUCAACCAGCCACGCCGCCUCCAGCACCACCACCCACGCCCCAGCCACCCACGCUCCAGCAGAUGCCGCUGCCGGUGGUCCGCCCUCCCACCCCAGGCCAGGGCCACGGCCACGUGGAGUCAGCCCAGGCUCCUGCCCCACCUCCCAUCCUACCUCCCACUUUGGCCGCAGACCAGGCUGUGACACCUACCCUGGCCCCAGCUCCAAGUACCGCAGAGCCAUCGAUGCCCGUACCCCCACCCAUCAAGACUCGCCCUCGCAGGCACAAGGGUCCGCGUGUGGCUCGAGGCGUUAUUCGUGAAGAUGGCACCCCAGCAGACCACCCUCGCGAACCGAUUAUGGCUACAGUGAAGGACAGCGGCAGUGGAGGAGGUGGCAGCAGGGCCCCUACCACUGGGGCAUCUAACAAGGGCACGGUUCAUCACUGGCCACCCUUCCAGGCUGAGCACACCCACCAACCACCUGAGCGAACCGCCAUGGGUUGCUACCAUCAAGCUAGCUGGCUCUCUGGUAGCUGGGCUGGAACACUACGACUUGCAGACCACCCAUUCCAACUGAGUCUACUCAACACCCUCUGCUUCGUCCUCCUUGCCAAUAAAGUACCCAGUCUAAAUGCCUUGCCCAGCUACCUAUCAGUAACCACUGGGAUCUGAAGUAGAGGGCCAAGAAUGGGAGCCCCCACCCCAUGUGCCAUCCUGGACUUUGAAGGCAAGGUCUCAUGUAGCCCAUGCUGGCCCUAAAACUGUGUAGCCGAUGUAACACUAAAGCCAGCUCUGGAUGACUUUUGAAAACUCCAAGCUCCACAUAUGGCUCAGCCAGGUUUGGACUCAGACUCCUAGACUGCUUACCAAGAACUUCAAAGCAAGCAAUAGGCUGGUAGGCCAGGAGCUUUCCAAGUCACAGUGCAGGCUGAGGAAGAAGGGGAACUAGGGCUCACCUCUUUGUUCCACAGAUCACUCAUAAUGGUAGAUCACAGGCAGGGUCCAUUUCAUGGUCAUUUUUAAGUUAUUUAAUUUAUUGCCAAGGUUUUUUAAAAAUUGAGACACUUCACCCCUUCUAUGAAAAAAACUGAUGCUCUGCCCAAUACUGCAAUGUGUACACAUCUAGCUAAAGUCCCUCUAACUGGGCCUGUGCUCUCCCAUGGGUCAUUGGGCAUGUGUGAAACCCAGAGGAAUGGCCAAUGGACAACACCCAAAAGGGUGUUAUUUGUAACUCCCAAUAGCCCCCAAACUUCAAUGAUCUGCAGGAAUAUGUCUCCAGCCAUACCACUGGGGAGACAGGCCCUGGAAGAGAGGUUUAUCCACUUUUAUUGGAGGCCAGCCGGCACUGGGACGCUUGGGACUGGCCCUGCCCAUCCACCCCAGCCAAAGCUCAGACGAUCAUCUCCAGUUGCCGGGCAUAUUCAAUGACCUGUUUGGCCAGUUCAGUGGAAGGGAUGGUAGUGUCUUCUGGCUUCUGCUGCUGGCUGGCAAAGCUGUAGUAGUUGUUCGGGCCCAGGACCCAUCCUCUCUGUGGGAAAGAAAGAGAUUAGAGAUUGAUGGGUAAUCCCACAGGCCAUCCCAUGGAGUCCCUUGUCUCAUGGCUUAUUUCCUCACUAAACCCCUCCACCCACACAACUAGAGCCAAGGAAUUUCAUUCUGUGCUUCAGUUUCUCCAUGUUUGAGAUAGGGACCCUACUCAUGCUCUGAUCUGGGCCUGCUGCAAGGAUUCAGGAAAUCAAAACCUUUGGUGAGCAAAAAUAGUAUUUGGCCCACAGUAAUCAAUGGCUGUAGCUGUCACUCAAGAGGCAAUUUUAUCCCUUCUUCCUGCCUCCUGGGAAAGCAGGGUCAGUGCACCAAGCAUCAGCAUCUCCUGGGGCACUGUUCGUAUUCAAAUGCUCCACACCAAAUGAAGCAGUCUUAUGGAAAAAGCUCCCAGUAUGGAAUUCUGACAAGGAAAAAUCCAACAUGCACAGCACUUUCGCACCUGACAAUAGCUCAUCCCAUCUUAACUCCCUUUUAUGGAGAGGCAAACUGAAGCUCAAAGAGGCUGGAAAAUUUGCCUGAUAUCCCUCAGCUGGAUUUAAUCCUAGACAGAUUGUUUGCCCUACUGUCCUUCUAGAUUACCCACUGUGCAACAGCGUGUUAAAGGGUGCAUUUCCCAGCUCCACAAGCCCUUGUCCCACACCCCAGCCACCUUCUUGGCAUAGUCCGUCAUCUUUUUGGGUGUAUUAAAGAAGAGGAUCCGGGUGGCCUCAGUGAAAACGAUUUUCUCAUAAGCCUUCUCAAUGCAUCCUGCAAUCUCAUCCCUGCAAGAGGAGGACAUGGUUCUUAUUAUGAGGAAACAACUUCUCAGGCUUGAUCCUUAGGUCCAGCAUUGAUGGCUGAAUACUUUUCUACCCUAGGUUACUGAUAGAGGAACUCACAACUCAGUCUCAGACUCCAGAACAGUGGAACCAAUUAUGGAUCUACACUUUGAACCCUACUACUAGCCACAGGGUGGAUUUCAGAACUGAGGAAGCUAAGGCAUGAAAACUGCUAUGAGUUCCAGGGAAACCUGGGCUAUAUAGGCUGAAAUCCUGCCUCAAAAUUCCAAGAUGUUAAAAAAAAAGGGGGGGGGGGGAGUGGAGAAGGGGAACUUGCAAAACCUUGUCA